GAUGUCUGAGGUUGAGAUUUUCCCAGUUGAUGUGUGUGGGGCAGAAAGAGACACGGGGAGAGAGAUCGCGAGUGUGUGUGUGUCCCACCAGGAGGCGAAAAGAGACGCUCCACACCUUCAUGGAGGACACUUGCACCCCUCAAUCUGAUGUUUGCAUGACACCAUGUGUGGGAGCCGUGGAAGAAACUCACCUGGACGUUACGAUGAAGACUUCUCGUUUGUCAGCCCCGUGGUCAAAUAUCUGCUCUUCAUAUUUAAUUUCCUCUUUUGGCUCAUCGCCAUGGCCAUGAUCGCUAUUGGUGUGUACGCCCGCGUCGUCAAGCAUGCAGAGACAGCGUUGGCGUGUCUCGCCGUGGACCCGGCCAUGAUGCUGCUGGUGGUCGGCGUCCUCAUGUUUAUCAUCACUUUCUGCGGCUGUGUGGGCUCGCUGCGGGAGAACAUUUGCCUGCUGCAGUUUUUCUGCAUCAGUCUGACUGUCAUCUUCCUGCUUCAGUUAGCUGCUGGAGUGCUGGGAUUCAUCUUUUCUGAUAAGGCCCGUAACAAAGUGACCCAAAUGGUCAACAACGCCAUCGUGCACUACAGAGAUGACAUGGACUUGCAAAACCUCAUUGACUUUGGCCAGAAAGAAUUUGGCUGCUGUGGAGCCAUGACCUACACUGACUGGUCCAACAACAUGUACUUCAACUGCACUGCCAAUAAUCCCAGCCGGGAACGCUGCUCUGUCCCUUUCUCAUGUUGCAUCAUCACCAAAGACAAGGUGGAGGUGAUUAACACCAUGUGCGGGCAAGGCAUGCAGGUCGUGGAAUACAUUGAUGCUAGCAAUGUCAUCCACACCAACGGAUGCAUCGACAAGGUGGUGGACUGGAUCCACAGUAACCUCUUCCUAUUGGGAGGCGUCGCGCUGGGGCUGGCCAUCCCUCAGUUGGUGGGCAUCCUGCUUUCUCAAAUGCUCAUCAGCCAAAUUAAAGACCAGAUUGAGCUGCAGAACUACAACCUCAAACAUCGCGCCGACCCGUGGAGAUGACCAAUCAGAGCGACCUGCCUCGCACGUGUGACACCGGCAACAAUUUUGACCUCUUCUCUUGACCUUCACGUUAUUUUCAAUUUUUGUUUUUUGUUUGUUUUUUUUUUGUUUGGGAUCCAUGAUGCUGCAUAUGUGUAAAAAGGGACGUAAAAGUGAUUUUUUUAACAGAAAUAAUCUCGUUUGGCAAUGCCAAUGUGAUUUCGUCAAGAUGCUUUUAAUUCCAUGUUACAUGAGUGUUUUGAAACUUUUUCAGUUUGACAUUUUAUUUAAAUGUUACCUUUGUGUUCCAAACCUGGAAACGUUCUAAGGAUAAUUCAGUGUUCGGCUGUGCUGCGUCAUAACAAAAAUACCUUGACUGUAAGUCACUCCAAAGUCACAAAGGCCUGUGCAUUUCUUGACUGAAUAAACUUGGUGACGAAUGUGCUGACAUCUUGCCUUGUCGUUAUAUCAUGUGUAAAACGUUGUGUUUUUAAAAGUCAAACUUGAGAGCAGUAGUGAUGCAGAUUGGUAGAAAAAA